AUGAAGCGCAUGAAGGUGUCGGUCGAGACGACGCUGAACCCGAACCACCGGCACGACGAGGCGCACGAAAAGGAGCAGGAUGCGAUGCGCCAGGCCAUCUGCGACUCGCACCGCUUCCGAUCCUUUGCCAACAUCCGCUCCGGCAAUGCGGCCAAGUGGUACUCGGACGGGCACGACUACUUUUGGGCCCUGUCCGAGAUCCUCGAGGGUGCGCGCGACUGCAUCUACAUUCUCGACUGGUGGCUCAGCCCCGAGCUGUACCUGCGUCGGCCGCCGGCGCACUACGAAGAGUACCGCCUCGACCGGCUGCUGCUGAAAAAGGCAAAGGAGGGCGUCCAGAUCCGCAUCGUCGUCUACAAAGAGGUGACGCAGACAAUGACCAUGUCAUCGGCCCACACCAAGCACCACCUCGAGCAGAUGCACCCCAACAUCCAGGUCUUUCGCCACCCCGACCAUCUCGGCGGCGAGCAGACGUACUUUUGGUCGCACCACUCCAAGGUCGUCUGCGUCGACAACACGACGGCCUGCAUCGGCGGGCUGGACAUCUGCUAUGGCCGCUGGGACACGCAGCUGCACCCGCUCUCGGACGUGCACCCGCGCGAGACGCUCGAACGCACGCUGUUCCCUGGCCAGGACUACAACAAUGCGCGUGUGCAGGACUUCCAAAAGGUCGACGACUUUAUGUCGAACCAGCAGAGCUCGCUGCGUGUCGGCCGGAUGCCCUGGCACGACGUUCACAUCUCUCUUCACGGUCCCGCGGCCCUCGAUGUGGCGCACCUGUUUGUCGAGCGCUGGAAUUUCGUAUGCGAGCUCAAGUAUUCGGGCGACAAGCAGUACCAGCUCCUCGCUUUCCCACACGGUGCGCCCUCGCUCGAGGAGGUGCACCCGAUCCACGAUGCCAUUGCCCGCCACCCGUACACGGCCCGGUUCCACAGCACCGGCCAGCUGUUCCGCCACCCCUGGCACGCCGAGAAGCGCGACGACAGCGAGGCAGCCACACGUGGGCACACGAUGGACAUCCAGGUCAUCCGCACCUGCGCCGACUGGUCCAACGGCACCUUGCCCGAAAAGUCGAUCCAGAACGCAUACAUCGAGAUGAUCCGCGAGGCGUCGCACUGCAUCUACAUUGAGAACCAGUUCUUCAUCACGGCCACCGAGCCGGGCACGCCCGUCGUCAACCUCAUUGGUGCCGCGCUGGUGGAGCGCAUCCUCAGUGCCGCCAAGGACGGCCGCAAGUUUAAAGUCAUCGUCGUCAUCCCCACGAUCCCCUGCUUUGCCGGCGAGCUCGACGAGGCCGCGGGCAUCCGCUGCAUCAUGGCCUACCAGUACCGCUCCAUUGCCCGCCGCGGCAAGUCGAUCCUCGAGCAGCUCGAGGCGGCGGGUGUCGAUGGCCACGAGUACAUCAGCUUCUACAACCUCCGUGGUAUCGACCGCAUCAACUGGGCCGGCGUCCGGCGCAUGGAAAAGGAGACGGGCGUCAGCUUCCACGAGGUCCAGAUCGCCGCUGCGCGCAUCUAUCUCGGCGAGCAGGGCUACGCCGCGGGCAACCAGACGGUGGCCAUCAAGACGGCCGACGAUGCCGACGACGCCAAGCGCGACAGCGAGGGUAAAAAGGACCCCAAGACGAUCGCGCGCAUCGCCAUGCCCAAGACCGUCGACGAGGCCAUGGAUGUCAUUCGCCGCUUCCAGGCUGCGGCGAGCCGCGACGACGAGAACCGGGUCAAGGACUCGAUCGCCGACUGCACCCUCCACGGCCAGCGGCCCAUCGACGAGGAGCACUGGCCCCAGGACAUUGAGGACGAGCGCGAGGCCUUUGUCACCGAGGAGGUCUACGUCCACUCGAAGCUCAUGAUCGUCGACGACCGCAAGGUGCUCAUCGGCAGCGCCAACAUCAACGACCGCUCGCAAAAGGGCGACGGCGACAGCGAGACGGCGUGUGUGAUUGAGGACACGGACCUGUUUGAGAGCGUCAUGAAUGGCGAAAAGUACAUGGCCUCGCGCUUUGCGGCCUCGUUUCGCCGCCACCUCUGGCGCCAGCACCUCGGCCUCGUCGCGCCCCAGUACUGCUCCCCCGAGAGCGCGGCCACAUACCCGACCGAGGCCAUGCGCCCGGCCCCGCACGGCAACCCGGACCCGGAGAAGAUGGCCGCCGCCGAGGGCGCGUCCACGCAGGAGCGCGAGUGGGAGCGCCUCGUCGCCGACCCGCUGAGCGACGAGGUGGAGCGCAUGUGGAAGGGCCAGGCCAAGUCCAACACGGAGAUUGCCGACGACAUCUUCCAAGUCGUGCCGUCGGACAAGGUGCGCAACUGGAAGGACUACAAUGCCUUUUUUGUCGCCCGCGGCAGCCGCACCGGCCACGUCGCGGCGGACCCGGCCAAAUGGAGCACAGAGGCGGUGCGCAAGCGCCUGGCCCAGUGGCGCGGCUGCCUCGUCGAGAUGCCGCUCCAUUUCCUCGAGGAGGAGAACCUCGAAAAGGGCUCCCGGGGCAUCGAGGUCAACGACACGACGCUGCCCAUCUACCUGUGA